GCUUCCCUGCCGGCUCCGCCCCGGCUGCUGCCUGCCGGCUGGGGCUUUCGGCGCGGGAGCUGCUGCUCGCCGGGCUGCUCCUGCUCGGUGGCUCCGGGCGCUUUUGAGCGGCGGCCGCGGGGCACCCAGGUGGGCCCGGAGGCGAAGUUGCCCAGGCGGCGCCGACCUGACCGGAGAGGUGGCCAUGGCCCACCUGGGGCGUGUGCUCCAAGCAACAGCAGCAGCUCGACAAUUACCCCACUCUGGACGAGGGCUCCGGUUCUUCACUAGCGGUGCUGGCCUGACUACGGAGAAGAAUGUCCCAUACCAGAAGACGCUGAAGGAAGAGGGCCACUCCUCCCGUGGAGGGCCUAUAAAGCCCCUUCCUGCCUCCGCAGAUGUGGUGGUGGUGGGUGGGGGCAGCCUCGGAUGCCAGACAAUCUACCACCUUGCCAAGAUGGGCAUGACCAACGUGGUCCUGCUUGAAAGGGACCGUUUGACCUCGGGGACCACCUGGCACACCGCAGGGCUCUUGUGGCAGUUGCGCCCGAGUGAUGUGGAGGUGGAGCUGUUGACUCACACCCGGAAUGUGAUCAGCUGGGAGCUGGAGGAAGAGACGGGCCUCCACUCGGGCUGGAUCCAAAACGGAGGACUCUUCAUUGCUUCCAACAAGCAAAGGCUGGACGAGUACAAGAGGCUCAUGUCACUGGUCUAAGUUUUUG